AUGGGUGGACGCCUGAGCAGGCAGAGCAGUUUGGAAGAUGAGUCUGAUGAUGGGGCAGACUUUGGCCCUAUACGGGGGGAUGCCCUGGGGUCCCGUGGAGACUAUACCCUCACAUCACUAAUACUAAACUCAGAGAGGAUUCCUGGGGUACUCCGGAGAAGCAAGCCAGCUCCCUAUGUACGAAGAGUGGCCUGGAUCCGAGACAUACAGACUCUGCUCAGAGACCACAAGCAAGAGAGAGCAUUGAAUGUCCUAAGACUGUUACGCAAGGAUCUGGGCCUUGAAGGGACCUUCUUGAAUGACAUCCUGUACAGACAUGUAACUUUUCUUAACCUGGUGGACCCAAUCUCUCAUGAGCUGCUCCUGAGUCUCUCCAGGGAACUUCAGUGCCCUAGGAAGGAACCUGAUCAAACGAAAUCCACAGAUCGCAUCUGUCGGCAGCUUAUCUACCACCUAACGCCACACUCCAAGUGGCACAGGCACAGUCUGCCCACAAGGAAGAGCCUGGCAUGCCUGAAGAACAAUCCACAGCAGAAGCCAAGUACUGAAACCCUGGAUCUGUCUGGUAUCUCUCUAUCCCCCCGUGAUGUGCAGCGAGUAGCGCUUUAUCUGCAGAGCUAUGGUGAGCUUGUAACCAGCAUAGACCUGAGUUUUACUGAGAUCACAGAUGCCACGUUUGGGCUGAUACUGCCGACUCUUUCUGCCCUCCCAAGCCUCACUCACCUGGCACUGAAUGGGAAUCGUCUCACUUGUAACAUCCUUAAGGAACUUAGUGAAGCCAUGAAGGACAGUACCAGUUUUUCCUCACUAAGCUGGGUGGACCUGGGCAACAACAUCAACAUCUGCUCUAUGCCCCAGCCACUUCUCCUAGGGUUGAGGAGGAGGCUUUGUCAGCAUAACCUUCUUCCCACAAUCCCUGAAGCACAGGACAGUGAUGUAUCUGAUGGAGGGGUCACCAUGUCUUUUCCACAGCUUCCGUGGGGCAGGUGA